AACGACACUUAAGGAAAACAGGAAACACAGGAUUCUAAAGAGUAUUACAACAGGUUGAACUGCAAUUUCUUUGAGAAAAUGGUGAUCAUCGAAGUUUCGAAAAUGGAAAUUUUAUACGAUAUUCCGUGUAGAAGGAAAGAACAGAUUAUUGGUGUUGGAAAAUCAGAUCAAUUUCCGGCAAGGCUUGUAGACGAUAUUGAAAAUGAACAAAGCUCAGAAACGCCAAAUGAGGAGACUAUCAAAAAAGGAACGGAAGCAGAUGACGGUUUCCGCAAACGAAAACGUGUUAGAAGUGAGCAUUCGUCCAAUUAUCCAAUUCAGUCGAGGCAUGGAGACAGGUGGCAUGCCUUAAUUGUGAUCCUUUUGAUUCACUCUACACUGUCACCAGCUUCAGGUCAAGUCAUCGACAGAAAAACUGGGAUUGUAAAUAAUGUUACUGGCUGUCUCGUGGAAGUUGACGUGAAAAGCGAAGUUAACCUUAGAUGGACAACACUAGAAACCAAUCCGCUCAUGGAUGCUAUUAUCGAUGGCAAACUAAUUGCCAACUAUGAUUUACGUCACCGUGAUUACCAUCUUUACAACAACAAUGAUUCUAACUUGUAUGCGCCAUUUAUGUUUGAAAAUAAAACUUGUCAACUUACAAUAAAGAAAGUAGAGAGGCAUGUCCGUAAAGUUAUGUUUAUUGGUUCUGACAUUGAUAGUUUCGAGGUCAGUGGCAAACGAGCAGCAAUCUGCAGGGAUUUCAGUUCAGGAUGGAUAUACCUUAAAGUAACUGUAAACACCACCAACAUGAACAGCAGUGAAACAAGUCCCCAUAAAGCAAACUUGGAAAUUAUGAUAUUCGUAAUAGUAGGAUCGAUUCUUUUUGUGUCGCCUUUUGUUGCUGCUGCCAUACAACGUUGUUUAAACAGAAAAAGGACAGCUGCUCCAGCUGGUGUCAAUGGUGAUGGCAAUCCUCCCAGAGAGAAUGAUAGAUGUCUACCAGACGGACCAAUUGAUGCUGCUCCAGCUGGUGUCAAUGGCGAUGGCAAUCCUCCCAGAGAGAAUGAUAGAUGUCUACCAGAUGGACCAAUUGAUGGUAGAUUGUGA